UUAAACAAAUCAAUAAUUAGGAUUUCCAUGGGAAGUUAAAAAUAAUUGUCAAGAAAUUGUUGACAUAAUAGAAUGUUAAAUCAUUUGUGAGAAUUAAAAUUCUACUUUUUCUCUGCUGGAGGUCAGCAUGCUCGAUGUUUCUCGUAAUACUUGUGUUGAAUGUGUAGUGAUUAGCUAUUUUAAAGAUUUAUACAACCCGGAAAAAUAUCUAGAACAUUCUGAAAAAAGUUAACUUGUGUUCUAAAAAAAAUGCCGUCCGACGCUAAAAAAAAGCAACAAGCAAAGAAGAAGGAGGCCGCCAAGGCGAGACAAUCUGGCAAGAAGCCUAACUCUAACCAAACCAAGACUGAGGAUGGAAAGGAUCAAACGGUUACGUCUAAUGCUCAGAAUGGAACUAAUGGAGCACCUUUAAGUGCUGAAGAGGCGCUUUGUAUGAAAUUGGAGAACGAUGCCAGAUUGAAUGCUGAAGCACGAUCAUGUACUGGUAGCUUAGCAUCCCAUCCUAGAAGUCGAGAUAUUAAAAUCUCCAACUUUUCCAUUACUUUCCACGGUUGUGAACUUCUUCAAGACACAAUGUUAGAGUUAAAUUGUGGAAGAAGAUAUGGUCUGUUGGGUCAAAAUGGUUCAGGGAAGUCAACUCUUUUGUCUGUAGUUGGAAACCGUGAAGUUCCCAUUCCUGAGGCGAUUGAUAUUUUCCACUUGACCAGAGAAAUGCCUGCAAGUAAUAAAACUGCGCUCGAGUGUGUAAUGGAGGUUGACGAGGAACGAAUUCGGUUAGAAAAAUUAGCUGAAGAGUUAGCUGAUUGUCCGGAAGAAGAUGCUCAAGAGCAACUAAUGGAUGUUUAUGAACGGUUAGAAGAUAUUUCUGCUGAUACUGCUGAAGCUCGUGCUGCUCACAUUCUUCACGGUCUUGGAUUCUCUAAAAAAAUGCAACAAACUCCAACAAAAGAUUUUUCUGGAGGUUGGCGUAUGCGAAUUGCACUUGCGCGAGCUCUUUAUGUCAAGCCUCAUUUAUUGCUGUUGGAUGAGCCAACUAAUCAUCUUGAUUUAGAUGCCUGUGUGUGGCUUGAAGAAGAAUUAAAAACGUAUAAAAGAAUUCUUGUGAUAAUUUCACACUCACAAGAUUUUCUCAAUGGUAUUUGCACUAACAUCAUUCAUUUACACAAAAAACGUCUCAAAUAUUACACAGGUAAUUACGAAGCAUUUAUCAAGACCAGGAUGGAAUUACUUGAAAAUCAGGCUAAGCAAUACAACUGGGAACAAGAUCAGAUUGCUCAUAUGAAAAAUUAUAUUGCACGUUUUGGUCAUGGAUCAGCUAAGCUUGCCCGACAGGCUCAAUCAAAAGAAAAAACUUUAGCAAAAAUGGUAGCCCAAGGACUUACUGAAAAAGUUACAAAUGAUAAAGUUUUAAAUUUCUAUUUUCCAUCAUGUGGAACAAUUCCACCACCAGUAAUUAUGGUUCAAAAUGUCAGCUUUCGGUAUACCGAUGAUGGACCUUGGAUUUACAAAAACCUGGAAUUUGGUAUUGAUCUUGACACGAGGUUGGCACUUGUAGGUCCAAAUGGAGCAGGAAAGAGUACCCUUCUUAAACUACUUUACGGAGAUUUAGUACCAACAAGUGGAAUGAUUCGGAAAAACAGUCAUUUACGGAUCGCCAGAUACCACCAACAUUUGCAUGAAUUAUUGGAUCUAGAUGUGUCACCGUUGGAUUAUAUGAUGAAGUCUUUUCCUGAAGUAAAAGAAAGAGAAGAAAUGAGAAAGAUUAUAGGUCGUUAUGGAUUAACAGGACGACAGCAAAUUUGUCCAAUUCGACAAUUAUCUGAUGGACAACGUUGUCGUGUUGUAUUCGCUUGGUUAGCUUGGCAAGUUCCCCAUCUUUUAUUAUUUGACGAACCCACCAAUCACUUGGACAUGGAAACCAUUGAUGCUCUGGCUGAAGCUAUCAAUGAUUUUGAUGGAGGAAUGGUAUUGGUAUCUCACGAUUUUCGACUUAUUAAUCAGGUUGCCGAAGAAAUUUGGGUAUGUGAAAAUGGAACAGUAACAAAAUGGCAAGGUAACAUUUUGGAUUACAAGGAGCAUCUUAAGAACAGAGUAUUAAAUGAUAACCAGAAGCGCCAGAAAGAAUUAAUGGGAAAAGGACGAAAUAAUUAAUAAUCCAUAGUAAUUAACAUAAUGGAUGAUGAAUUAAUUAAUUUUAUAUAAAUCUUUUUCUGCCCAACCUAUCUUCAAUCUCCCUUGAGUUAUCUUUUAUUCUAUAUAUUAAUACUGAUUAAAUGAAACAUUAAUCAUUCAUGUUAAUAUUAUAAAAUUAUUAUUAUUAUUGUAGCAAACAUCAACGAGUACUCUUUUCUCGUCAAAUAUUUCUGUGUACGCUGCUAUGUAGCGAUGAUCAUUGUAAAAUUAACUUAUUAUUAGUUAAUUUAUUUCUAAUGAAUUUAUUUUACCAAUAAUUCAAGUUGAUUAAAGCAAAAUUUUAAAUGCUCGAAUUCCUUAUGAACAUUCAAUACAAUAAUGCCAAUAUAAAAUUAAAAGAUAAUUAAUUUUUUCAAAACUCGUACUACUCUCACAAAAAAUUUAGAAAUUGUAAAAAAGUUAAGUCAUCAACUACUUGAACCAAUUAGUGUAAUUAAAAUAUAAAAUUCAUCAAAUUAAGCAGAAAUAAAAACAGCAAUAAAAAUUUU